AUGUCGCCACCACAGAACGUGCGAAGAAGCAAUGGAAAACCGAAGGUGGUCUCGAUAUCGUAUCCAUCGUGGGCCGGCAAAGAAUAUCUAGAGGCAUUCGAGAAGGAAUUUGAGCUCCAUUGGAUUGAGCCGAGCGAUCGAGCAGGCACAGUAGCUGCAUUGAAGGCCAAGGUGGAAAGCGAUGGGCCUUUUGAAGCCAUCGCCAUCCUCAUGGGAACGGGACCAUACGAACCAUUCGAUGAGGAGAUGCUGAAGCCAUUGUUACCUCAAUGCAAGAUUCUUGUUUCUGCGUCUGCUGGAUACGACGAUUAUGAUGUUGAAUGGAUGACCAAGAACAACAUCCUCUUCUGCAACAGCCGAAAAGCCGUUGAUGAGUCCACUGCAGAUCUGGCCGUCUUCCUAACGCUGGGGAUCUUGCGGGACUACAGCAGGUUGCAUAUUAGCAUGCGAGAGGGUAGAUGGCGAGGAGGUUUGGCGCCGGUCCGGGAUCCUGCAGGGCUGACCUUGGGCAUCAUCGGUAUGGGCGCAAUCGGAAAGCAUGUUGCACGCAAGGCCAAGGUGUUCAACAUGAAGAUCGUGUAUUUCCAACGGAACCAACUGCCAGACGAUAUGGAACGCAGCUUGGAUGCCACGUACUGCGGAACCUUGAGCGAGCUGUUCCGAGUAUCAGACGUCGUGUCUGUGAACUGUCCUCUCAACCAAAACACUCGCGGCAUGAUUGGCAGGGAGCAGCUGAGCAUGAUGAAAGAUGGCAGCUUUCUGGUGAACACUGCUCGCGGGGCCAUCAUUGACGAGCCAGCUUUGAUCGAAGCUUUGGAGAGCGGAAAGAUCGCUCGAGCCGGGAUGGAUGUCUUCGUUGGUGAGCCUCGACCAAACAAAUACUUCCUGGAGAGCGACAGGGUCAUGAUCCAGCCUCAUAUGGGCGGCAUCACCGACAUGGCGUGGCAAAAGGCAUAUCGAGAGGCGUUGGAGAACAUGAGGUCGUUCUUCGCGACCGGCAAGGCCAUAUCACCAAUCAAUGCUGAGCGAUUGGAAAGUGCGUCGACUACGUAG